AGUGCUGAAACAGGAAGAAAGACAGGAAAUCAAGUGGCGUAGUGGUUCUGCUGCUUGUCUAAUAUGACAUAGCUUUCAGAGAGAACACUGGAACGAUUAUAUUCCGUGCUGUCUGUGAGCAUCUACGCUUAGCUUUUAGUCUAACCUUUUCUUCUAUCUUCUAUCUUGGCCUCCGGAUGACUGGACUGGACUAGAUAGGACAGGACAGGGUGAAAAGGUGGUCUCGCUCACGUGCUCGUGUGUACUGUAUGAACAAGGGGGUCGUCAGCACGUGGUUUCCAUGUCGAAAGCAACUGCCGCCAAACUCGCUGUCCUCAUCUUCCUAGCCUUCAUUGUGUGCCUGCCAGAGUUCCUUCCGUCCGACACAGAGUUGCAGAUCCACUUUCACUGUGUCCCCUUUGACUCCUGUGGCGUAAUGAGUUGGCGUGGCCCUGAAGACGGACAGAUCUGUGAGGUGUAUGAGAAUGCAAGCAAGACGAACCUUCUGUGUGAGAUGGAACCAAAAAAAAACACAACCAACCAGAAUAAAGCAGUGAAGAACUGGUUUGUGUGUGAAACUCAGGCCGACCUACAGAGUCUACAUUACAACACUUCAAACUCAGAAGUGGACGUAGACGUGGUCUUGGGUAUUCGGAUGAUAGACCACCCUCUCCUGAACGUGACCAUCCACAGCCAUUUAAACCACAGUGGACUGCACAUUGAAACACACUUAAACUUCACUCUUGUUGGAUGCUGUACCAGACAUAGAAGAGCCUGCACGCACCCAGACAAAGUCACGCCACCACUGAGUCCACCCUCUCACAAACCAGUUACAUCAGCAGAACUGACCACAAAGCAGUCACCUGUAAAAACUCUAGACUCUACAGGACAUCCCCUGUGUACUUCAAACAGAAGCCACUGCCUCUUUUACUAUGAAGGAAGCAACAUUCUCGACACACAAACUAAAGGAGGGAGGUGGUGGGCUUUUAGCACCACUAUGUGGUUGGCUCUGGUACUGGUCCUGGUGGUGCUGGUUGCGCUGAGUGUCUGGUUUCAGGUCAGCAGAAGCCGGAGCUGCUUCCACAAACAAUCAGUGCGGGUUCCAGUCACUGCCCUUCAGCCCAGGAGGUUUUCCAAGCGAAGAGUGAAGUCUUUAGGCGAUUUGCCGGAUAUUUUAGUCUCAGUAUGCAGCGCAGAAGAUGAAGAGCUGUUCGUAGAGAAGACGCAGAAGGAUUACUCAAGAGAAAAGCUUCAGCUGGUAUAUGAGGAAAUAUAUAAACGAGCAGGACUGUCUCCUAUUCAUGAAGUUUCCACAACAGAUAUCUCUUCGGAAAAAAAUGACGAAGAAAACCGGCCUGAUGACAUUAUAACAGAAGGAGGGUCUGAGGAGUCCGUGGAUUUUCCUCUGUUGCUAGUGCACACACAGUCCUUACCUUGCCUGCACCACAGAAGCCACCCCUCUAACAAAGAUGAAGAGGAAUCAACGUAAACAUGGAUAAAGGAUGGAGAACUUUUUUUUUUUUUAAUCAAAAACUGUGAAAGUAAUUCUGCGUCACAUUUGACCUUAGAUGUUCGAAGUUCUUAGUUUCAAGUAGGAAAGGGAAACUGAAACGCCACCACACGCCAGGUUGCCAACUCAGAAAGUCACGAGAGCUUCACCAGCCCCAGGACUACUGCGGCUCUUUACAUCAACAGUAGAAAAAGUAGAUGCUAUGAUGAACCUUUAAGAAAAAGUUGAAGUACCUUUUCUUCUCAAAACAUCUUCAUGAAGGUUCCUCAACGCAACAAAGUUUCAAAUAGAAAAACUCAGAACUUAAAGUUCCUCAAAGAACUUAUAAACAGCAUUGGGGCGCUUCACUGUGGGCACCAUUUACCUGGGGAAUGACAUCACCAGCAUGGGCUAAUGGAAGAAGAUUGGUGGAGUCGGUGGAGGUGUUGCGCUGGGGAAAACAAGUCUGUCCUUUUUUUGCAUGGGCAUCUAGGUAGCAGAUACACCAGUUCUUGACAAUGGGAUACGCCAGUGAUCAUGGGCUCCUUCAAUAGAUUAAUACUAGUUGGCAACCAUCAUCAAAUUGUCUUGAUCACAAUAAGCCUGAGACACCCUUCACAUGUACCAAACAUGAUCUGCUUCCUUUGUGAACGGACACACAGGGUUUGGACAAUGAAACUGAAACACCUGUCAUUUUAGUGUGGGAGGAUUAAUGACUAAAUUGGAGCAGCCUGGUGGCCAAUCUUCAUUAAUUGCACAUUGCACCAGUAAGAGCUGUAAGAGUGUGAAGGAUCAAUUAGCAGGGUAAGAGCACAGUUUCAAAAGAGGACAAAUUGUUGGUGCACGUCUUGCUGGCGCACCUGUGACCAAGACCGCUAGUCUUUGUGAUGUAUCAAGAGCCACGGUAUCCCGGGUAAUGUCAGCAUACCACCAAGAAGGACCAACCACAUCCAACAGGAUUAACUGUGGACGCUGUAAGAGGAAGCCGCCUGAAAGGGAUGUUCGGGUGCUAACCCGGAUUGUAUCAAACAAAAAUAAAUAAAACCACGGCUGCCCAAAUAACGGCAGAAUUCAAUGUGCACCUCAACUCUCCUGUUUCCACCAGAACUGUCCGUCACCACAAUAAAUUAUUGUAGUCUAAAACCAA